GUGGAGGUGGAGUAUUGAUUGAAGCAUUUGGGGAAUGUUGACGGAUACACUGGUUCAUUAAGGUAGUAUUUGUAUGCGUGUGUUAGGCUGUGGUAUUGGACUAUAUUUAUUACCUGUGAACAAUGAAUAAGAAAUGAUGGCGAAACGAGAGGAUGAUGUAGCCGGUAAAGUAGAUUCGACGGGGCCGGUUACCACACAGCAAAUCCUGGUUGGUACUGAGGAGACAGAGGAUUUAGAAAGAGCUUCUGGUACUGUGUUAGACAAGGCUGAUGGUGGUACUUCUUCCAGCUUGGAUACCGGAGAGGAUGAAUUAUCUCUGGAUGAGAUUUUAAAUCUCUAUAACCAGCCCAUCAAUGAAGAGCAAGCCUGGGCUGUGUGCUACCAGUGCUGUUGCGCUUUAGACAGGCGGGAGGCGCAGCUUGAAAGUGGAAAUAACUGUAUGCGACGGAUUGAGAGCGCAGCGGAGGUUCGAAUCCGAAGGGAUGGCACCGUGUUAUUGUGUGUUUUGAAAGAUGAUACCAGUGAUUUCCAGUGUACUCAAAAAGAGGUAAUUGAGUCAUUGGGUAUUAUCAUUUACAAAGCUUUGGACUAUGGGUUGAAGGCGAAUGAAGAAAGGGAGCUGACCCCUCCCCUUGAGAAGCUGAUUGACCUCAUGACUACCAUCACAGAGUGUGAUGAAGAUGCAAAUAAAGAUGAAGGAUAUGAAGCACAAGAGGAGGAAGAGGAGGAGGUGGAGAAGACAUCAGAAGACAUUACCAGAAUCUCUUGUUUUGAGCAUGUAAAGAAGAUAUGUGCUUCACAUCUGACUACUCCAGCAGAAGCACAGCAUCACUACCAGGCUGUAUGUCGAGCCUUGUUUGCUGAAACCAUGGAGCUGCGGACAUUUCUAUCCAAGAUCAAGAAUGCAAGGGAGCACUUACAGAAGAUGCAAGAAAUGGACAAGGAGACAACUGGUGAAUCUGGCAGCCUCGAUGAGCUGAAAAAUACUGACUGGGUAAGGCAGUUGCACUCUAAUUCAUAUUAG